CGUCCGGCAAAAUGACUUUUUGCAAACUGUCAAAGCAGAAACAGAACGUAAACAUCGCUAGUGCUCCAGUUGCAAUAUUUACGCGCUACGUGCGCAUAUUUGUGGGAAAGAGAGUUUUCUCUGUGCGGAUAAGUUAGGAACCGGCGCAAUCAUGUUUAUUAAACCUUUUAAGAUCAAGUCCAACAUUCUCGUGACGGGAUCCGAGAAGAAACGAUUAAGGCAGCGCGUUAUGUCUCAGUUUAAUCGAGCGGAUGACGAAUCGGCUACAUCACCGCUGGGAGAGCUGUUCGGCAAUCGGACCAAAGUAUGCACGGUUAAACUCAUUACCUAUCACGAAGAUCCGGUAACGGUGUACACUAGCGAUAAGCGGCCAAUAUUUUUCGAGCUCAAUGGGAAGCUUCUGCCGACCGUGUACACGCUGUGGAGUUGUCCGGAUCUGGUGCCAGCUUUCACCACCCAUGCCACAGUUCUUCCCAAGCUAGCAAACGGUGCCGAUCUGAUGAUUCCCGGUGUGGUGAAGCAGGGCACGAAUCUUGCUUCCUGGGGUCGGCAUCAGAAGGAUGACGUUGUGGCGGUAAACCUAACGUCGAACCGAGCCGCCGUUGGUGUCGGACUGCUGGCACAUUCAAGCAGCGAUCUGUAUAUGUGCGGUGGGCACGGAGUUUGCGUGAAAAUGAUGCACGUGUUCGGUGAUAAGCUGUGGGGAAUGGAACCGUCGGUGUGUCAACAGAUUCCGCUGCAGGGAACGGUUGUGUCCGUGCCAACGGAAUCAGACUUUCCUCCGCUAGGAAGCGAGAAAACGAAGCCCGUGGAGGAUGGUGUGAAGGAAGCUACAAAAUCACUAGCCAAAUCGGCCAUUACAGGCAGCGAAGAAUCUGGAAGCGAAGGAGACGCAUCGGACGAGGAAACGCAAGAACCGGAAGAGGAGGAGGAAAGGCCACCGAAUCCCGACGAUCUGAUAAAGGGUGCGUUUCUAAACGCGCUGAAACUGCACGGCAAGAAAAUACCGCUUCCACUGCUGACGAGCACAUUCUACCCUCAGUACGUGCAGCCGGAAAUUCCGGAAGGAAUCGAAAUGAAAAAAAGCUCGUUCAAGAAGGUGGGCACCUUUUUGAAGCGUAUGGCCGAAGAAGGAUUGAUCGAGAUAAAGGAAGAGAAGAAGGGCAUCGAAAAGGUGACAGCAUUGAACCUGGAACAUCCGGACGUGUUAUCGUUUUAUCCGUACAAGGUGUCAAAGGCUACGAGCGAGCAGGAGGCCACUGGUGGUGCGGCUUCGACGGGUCCAGCAUCGAACCCGCUACUGCUGACGAAGAUGACGGCCAUGUACGCCGUAAACGAACGGACGGCGAAACUGUUUGGCUGCUUCAAUGUGGCAGUUGGUAACGCACUGGAUCAAACGCAGGUCCGCAACUUCAUGCGUGACUAUGUGGGGCGGAAUAAGCUGAUUAAUCCUGCCACCAAGCUGGUGACGUUGGACGAAACGCUAAGGGCCGUAUGCGGUGCGAACGGUGAGGAACUUGUGGCUCUGCCGGAUCUGACCGAGACGGUUCUGAACAGCAUGACGAGCACGUUCGAGAUGCGAAGUCAGAAGGGAGUGGUAAUGAAGGGUGGCAAGCGGGCCAUUAUACACUUGACGACAGCGACACGCAGUGGCAACAAGAAGGUUACGCUUAUUAGCCAUCUCGCGGACUAUGGCAUUAAUGUGAACAAUUUUGCCAAAGCCGUAAAGCUGGGCGCAGCCGCCAGUACGACCAUGACGGAAGUGCCCGGCUCGAAGGGAGAGCAGCUGUUGGUGCAGGGCAAUCAUAUAAAGUUUGUGUUCGAACUGCUCACUACCACGUACCAGGUGCCGAAGGCGUGCAUAACGGGGUUGGAGUUUGCCAAGGAACAGAAGAAGAAAAAGAAAAAAUAAGUUACUUGUAGCAGCGCGCAAAAGCAAACCCAUUGUGGGCGAGAGUGAUUGUAAAAUCGUUUGAAUGGAAAAGAAAACAGUUGGAAAUAAUACACAAUCGCUAACAGAA